AUGUUUCGUUGGCCAGGGGCUCUCCUUGCGCUGGCCUUAGUCGAUGAGAAGGAGGAACACCUGGCCGGCCUGCAGGACAACGUCCGGAGGCCGGCCACCGAAUCGCUGGUGCACACCAAGCUUAUCGCGGAGGGGCUAUUCGACGUGUCGAGGACUUCUGGCGGGCAAGGCACCGGCACAAGCCCAUUCGAUCAGUUCGCCGCGAACAUGCCUCGGGUCAGCGGCAAGAACCCGGACGACCCGAAGCGGUCGCCUGAUGCUUUCGACGUGCUGGCAAAGGUGUUCGACUUUCAGCAAGAUUCGGUCUUGAACCAGCGAGACAACGCCAUAUCCAUGCUGGCUAGCCGCCUAUCCAGGUAG